AUGAAUUAAUAUUAGGAAUUAAGUUUUGGGCAAGUAUUGUCAAUAGAGAUUGCUAGGAUUGCAGAUUACAAAAAUAUGUUCGGGACUAAAGCAUUAAUUCUGGCACUAAUUAACUUUUUAUCGUUGAUGAGCUUCAGUUUGAAAUUUGAAUAAAACCAAGGCUAUGAAUAUUUUACUCAUGUAAUAUUAAGUGGUUAUCGUAGUUUUUAAGUAUAUUCACAAGACCAACGGAUGUAUUAUUUGUACCAAUCUGUAUAUUAAUUCUGAUACUAAACAUGUUUUUGUAUGGUUGUCUACUACUGAUGUCGUACUUGAAGCAUUAGAAUUAGAACAAGAUAACUAUGUCGAAAAAUAAAUUCAAGAGAUUGCACAUCUUGCUGUCGUUGGGAAUUGAAAGUGCAGUGUGGCUUAGCUGUCCAAUUGUAGACACUUGAUUAAAUUCUAGUUAUCUAUCAACUUGGGGUUGUUCUAUAAACAAAGUAGUGCCUGGAGUGCAUUGCCAAUCAUAAACAUAUUUCUGCACUCCAUUAUUGUGUUAAGUUACUUCUACUUCUAUCGGAGUUAUCAAUUCAAUUAAUUGGGAUUGUAUAGAACAUUCAAUCUGGCCUCCUAUUGUUACUAUUUGAUUGUGAUAUUUAUAGUAGCCAUAGAUUGGAACACGGAUUUGCAGAUUCAGCCAUAUAUUUUUUGGUUGCUCAGCAUUUUCAAAUUGGUGGACAUAAUAUUGUUCCUGCCAUACAAGGUAACAUUUGAAAACCAAGUCUAUAUGUUUGGAACAACAGGCCUAUUCAUAGUAUCCUUUUUGGGUUCCAUAUCUCAGAUCACCCCUUCAAUAAAUGGGGAUAACAUCUUUGAGACUUUCCUCUUGGCAUUUCCAAUAUUCUUUUAUUUAUUUAAAUCACUAUAGGGCAGGAAAUGGAAGGAUCUAAUAUUGUACUCUCGAACUGGAUCAAUGAAACAGAUGGACAUAAAGAAAUUGUGUUCGUCUUUAGAAUCACUUGUUUGGUAUGUAGAGUAGGCAAGGAUGGAUUCAUAUAUAUUUAUGCUGUCUCUCUAUGUGUUAAAAUAUCACACUCAAAACUGCAAUGAUCCAAAUUGUGAAUGCAAAGAGGAUUUAUCUAAAUCCAAUACUCAAAAUUAAGAAAGUAUGAGUCAUAGAUCAUCAUUUUAAUCCAAAACUGCUCUGUUGAGUAAUGGAGAUAAAAACAGUAAUCCUUAGAACAUUUCUCAAAAUUUGGAUGUCAGUUAAUUUCAGAAGACUAUCAAAGAUGGAAGUCGUAAAAAUGAUUCCUUUGCUGGUGGAGGUCAUCCACAAUUUGAAUAGUAAAUCUUGAGACCAGCCAAGGCCAUCUUAUUUUAACCUAUGAAAUUCAUCCAGAAUAAUACGAUCAACGAAGAUCUUAUUUCAUAAUAUGUCAAAAGAUAGUUCCAUUAAACGAUUUAAUAAUUGUCAUUUUCAUUGCACUUGGAUGAAGUCGAAUAUUUAUCAUUGAAGUACAUUUCUUUUAUGUUCUCUUUCAAACAGAACAGCCUUUAAUCUCUCACCAAACUCAAACAAAUACAAAGUAGAACUGUUCAAUUUUCUUACUUCUUUCGUAAUGUUACUAAAGUCACAGAAUCAUAAUUUAUUGAGGCUCUUAAAUUAAAACACUUCGAAGACAAAAACUCAUACGACGAUCUUGUCAAAAUGAAUGUAACUGAAAUUUGGAGAUUGGAAAUGGUUAAAGAGGACAUCGUUAAGAGCAUCGUAUCUGUGUUGAGAAAGAAGAUAACAUUAUGGGAGAAUCUAUGUUCUGGAGACAUUCAGAAUAUGAAUCGAUUCCUAGAGGAUAUUAUCAAAAUUUCACUUCAGAUUGAACAAAGUAGAAACAAAGUAGAUAUGAUACUCAGUGACUUCACCAGCCAAGUUCAAAAGAACUACAGUUAUUAUCUGAAGUAUCAAUGUUUUAGAUCUCUCUUUUUUGAUUCAGAUUAUAAAUAGGCAGUCGUUUUCUAAAGGAAAGUAGAAGAUUCAUGGUAGUUGAGUAGAGCAGCUCACAAAUAAGGAUAGAUUGGCAAUUUCUAAUGGCUCUCAGGAGAUCUAGUGACUUUGGAAGUGAGUGCUGGGGUAUAGAGUGGCUAAAUCCUUAAGGGAGUCUCAAAUAGAUUAGUUGACAUGUUGGGAUAUGCAAAUUAUGAAGACAUGAUUCAAAAUCUACGUAUAAGGGGAAUACAAUCAUCUCAUUCGAGUUAGAACUCAGACAAAUUAUAAAUUUCAAGCAUUAUGCCUCCAUAUUUAACUGCAUCUCACAAUUAUUUCAUCUCUAGAUUCAUUCAAAGGGGAUACACUUAUUAUUAUGACAAACCAAUCAAUUCUUAUGCAUGUGAUGCCUAGGGAUUUGUAUUUCCUGUCAACAUCAACUUAUCUUUUAAUUUUUAAAAUCUAACUGAUUUCACACUCUUAGGAUCCAUUUUAAAAAUUAAAGAUGAUGAUGAAUAUCUUAUUUUUGAUGAAUGGGGUCGUAUCUUAGGUGUUUCCUUACAUACAUUUGAUAAAUUGAUAUUGAAAGGAGCCUUGGAUGAAUUUGGUAUGGUGCAGUAUAAGUCUGUCAAUUAAAAGUUCGAGAAACUUGGACAUCUUAAAAAUGCCUUAUUACAUAAGAUAGCAAGAGAUGACAAUGCCAAAUUAUUUAAGAAAACUAUAACUAUGCAUUAAAAAUAAGGUACAACAAAAAGUUAAAUGAAAAGAACAUAUCAAAAACCAUCAGACAUUUUGUUAUAAUUUGGAAGCAUUUAACACUUUUUGCCACAAGUAGGAAAAACUAUUACAGAUUUACUGGCAAAAGACAUCUUUAAAAAAUUAUAAAGAGAAUCACAAGAAUAAUUUAAUAAGUUAACUGAUAAUCAGAAAAACUAGGAAGUCUAACAAUAAAAUAAUAAUAAGUUAUUUGAAAAGCAGGCUAGUAAUAUGUUCUAAAGACAAAUUAGUUAAUUUAUUGAUCGAUAACAGAGCUUAAAUUAAGGUGGAUUAUCCAGCGCUAUGCUAGGUAAAGAUCAGUAUAGAAACUUCAUUAUGAACAAUUUUAUUGAUGAAAAAGGAUUAAUGAAAAAGAACAUGUCCUUAUUGCAGGAUGAAAGAUUGAUCCUGUAUGUGCCUAAGAAUUAUAAUGAAUUAAUUGAAUAUUUUAAUGAUGCUGGAGAACGAUUUAUGGAAAGUAAAAAUGAUAUAGAAACUAAGUCUAUACGUAGAUAGUAAAUGUAAAAUAGAUAUGCCUACAUUAAGUAACAGUAGAAUUGCUAUCACUUGUUUGAUGCUGAAUUCCAAGACUUUAUUGAUAAUAAAGUGAGAAAAUAUUAUUCUAAAGCCCUAUUAAAAGAAGCCUUAGAAUCUCAUGAUGCUAAACUACUAUAGUAAGUAAGGUACAAGUGUGUUUCAUCGAUUGAUGUGGGAGUUGGAGGGGCAAGUGAGAAGGAUCAAUUCCUAUAUUUUGUGUGCAGGUUAUCGUCAUUGAAUCUAUAAACUGCAAAAAGAAAGGAUGUCCUAAAAAUUCAUAUGAAAAAAGAAAAAAAUCAAUAAUUUGAUGGAGGCGAAGAAUUAAGAAGAAGUCUAAUUUAAUAGGCUUCUUCCUUGGAUUCAUUUGACAAAGAGAAGCCUAAAAGAUCUUUAUCCAUUCAAAAAUAAGAGAGUUUUGGUACUCCUCAAUAAUAAAUAAAAUAUAAGGGAGAGAUUGAUUAACCAAUCAUUGUAACAUUGGCUAUUCCAGAUAGUAGAACAUAUCUAUCUUAACUAGAUAGAGACGAUGGACCAAAUAUGAAAGUCAAUUUUGAAGCUCAAAAUUAAAAAUUAAAUGAGUCCUCGUUUGAUAUUGAAAAUUCAAUGAAAGAAAGUCUAAUACCAAAUGGUGGCAAUCACUCUAUGACUCAAUCAUUGAAUUUAAAUGUCCCAUAAUUAAUGAGGUAAAAUUCUGUUGAAAAAAUGAAAUAGAUGUCAAAUCAAAGUAAAGAAUAUCUAAAGGAAUAAUCUAGUAGUCUGUCAGACUAAAAGGAAGAGCCACCAAAGAAAAAACUUAAGUUAUCUUUUUUAAAGAAGAUGGAAAAGGCUCUUAAUCCAAAAGAUCCUCCUUCUGGAACUCCUACUACUCCAAAUGCUCCAUCCUUCUUAUAACCAUUAUAAUAAUAAUAGUAAUAACCAGAGAAAUAACCAUCUUCACUCUCUGUUCCUGAAGAAAAGAAGAACUCUUUUUUAAGUCCUACAGGUCUAUUUGCUAAAUUGUUUGGAAGGUUAAAUCUGAGGAGAGUAUCAAAUAUUGAAAUAAAAAAUGAUCAAUUUGAAUCACAAGAACAAGGUUUCAGAGAACACUCUGAAAAUUCUGAAAAGGAGGACAUGAAAAGAAGUGGACACAGCACUCCUUCAGGAUCUAAUUCAAUGUCUAGCAAUAAUAUCACAAGUUAAGGAGACUAAUAAGAAGAUGAUGAACAAUUUAAUAAUGAAGAUGAAUUAGUCAAUAUCUUUGAAGUGAUGAGUCAAGCCUCAAAUCAUUAAUCUAUUAAAUCCAUAUCUGCAAUUUCAAUGGCCACUCAUAUCUCAAUGAGAUGUCUUAAAUAUUUACCAAGAUAAGCUAAGUCCCUCUAAAUUUUUAAGAUUAUUUUGAUUAUCUUGAAUAUCUCUUGUAUCAUUAGCUUAUUGUUGACAACAUAGAAGUAUUUUGACAAUUUGAGUGUGGACAAUCUUAGUUUGAGGAUUAAUAACUAAUAUCGUUAUUCAGCCAUCAUCCUUCAAUCAUCAAACUAAAUUGAUUAGCAAUCUAUUAUUGUUUUUGAUCAAACUCCUAAUAUCACUUAAAUAAAUGAGAUAAUCUCCUAUUGUUAUGAUCUUAGUUUAAAUAUCAGUUAGUCUUACUUCGAGGUUAUUGACUCCAUAUAAAAUGCUGUGUCAUUUCCAUUGCCUCAACCAGAUGUACUGCAAAUCCCAGAUGAUUAUUACAUUGUUUCUCUUUAAGAGUUUUUAACUCAAUAGAAAAUUGAAAUUGAUUCUCUCGAGUUGAUCAACACUUACAAUAGGAGUGAUGCUACAUUCAAAUAAUUGUAUAAUAAUUCUAUGGAUUAUUUACUAAACCGUCUGGUAUUCACACAAUCAUAAAUAAACAACAUGAGUGAGCAAUUAAGAACAAGCAAGAAUAAUAAUAUUCUAAGUAAGGCUUUGGUUGUUACAUAUCUAAUGGCCAGUUUUGGUGGUUUACAUUUGAUUGUAAUACUUUUGAUUGUCCCCUUCAUUAGAUAAAUAAACAAUAUCUAUUUUCGUGUUCUCUCUAUUGUAAGUAGGGUGACAUAGGAAGAGGCUGAGGAUGAGAUCAAAAAAUUAACUGUUUCUUAGCAUUUGCUUGAAACUUAAGAUGAUUCAUGGGUUACGCAAAACCAAGUCAAACUCAUCUUUUAUAAUAAAAGCAAGGAUAUUAAUUUGAAUGAGAAAUACACUAAAAAUGGUAAUGUCAAAGCAAAAGGAAAAGAAAGCUCUUACUUUUAUUCAAAAUUAAGUGAUACUACUUUAAGCAUUUGGUAAGACAUGGGAUUGUAUGUUAUGAUUUCAUCAAUUUCUAUUGGCUAUUUAAUAUUUUCUAUUAUUAUUAUUCAAACUUAAAUCAAUACAUUUACUCCUUUUAUAGACAAUUUUGAUUAAACUGUUAGCACAAGUGUAUAUACUACUAGCUUAAUUUCAAAAUUAUCGAUCACUCCUUAACGAUAUCUAAAUUUAUAAUCUACCAGUAUACCCACACAAUUUACUUUAUUAAAUUUCUAAUAAAAUUAAUAGAUUUCCUAUUUUCUACAAACAAUCUCCUCCGACACUAGCAAAAUCAAAUCAUAUAUUAGUGAUAUGUCAAAGUUUUUAGAGUAGUUGAAUUUGGAUUAUGGGUACGAUUCGAAUUCCUCAAAAAUUAGUGUCACUUCUGAGUAAUAUCAAUCCCGGUUGCCCUAUAUACAACAAUUAAGUGUGUUGAGUGAAAUAAAUCAUUUACUAAAGGAUAACUUAUGUUAUUAUACUUAAGAGACUCUAUGUUAGCAAUAGCAAUAAUUUGAUUACUUUAAUACUGGUUUGAUGGGAGCAUUGGAUAUCCUACAGAAGAUGUAGUUUAAUUAUCAAACAUUUUUGAACUAAUAUUAUUAAAUUCAAUAUUCGGAAUAACAGAAUAACACACUUUAAGUUAAUGCGUAUUAUAAUUCUUAAGAAUAUAAACUAUUAGUAAUGUACGGAUAAGAGUUGAUUUUUAAAACAUUUGAUAGAUUAUUGUUAUUAUUGGAAACGUUCUUGAAUGAUGAGAAAGAAUCGAAGAAUUAAUUAAUAUAGAACUUGUUCAUCGGCAUAGGAAUCCCCAUUAUGGCAUUGACAAUAAUUUUGGCUGCUUUGGAAAUGAGACUACUCAAGUAAAAGGUCAGAAGAGUGAUGCUCUCUCUUACCUUCCUGCCUACCUUUAAGUUUUAGGAUAAGAUUGUGCUUUCCCUAAUUAAGGCAAUCCUUAAAAUUUGA